UUCAGUCACGCAUCAAACAGUUCAAUGCAAUCUACACCCUCCAAUAGCUGAAAGGCGUCUUCUUCAAGCACUUGUACUACAAGUUCCAUAAGUCUAUCCUAUAGGUAGCUUAGACCUUUCUAUCACCAAUGCAUGAAACAUGAGGCUCCAAUUUCUUGUUACAAGGGAGGAGGCCUUGUAUAAGUGACCUGAUUCAAUUAGAAAUUAAGCACAGCAGAAUAGGAGAUGGCUUCCUCUUCUUUUGCUUUACCACUACAUGGGUCUGUUGGUGAGCACUCUACCUCUCACAGAUAUCAUCCCAUCAAGUCCUCUCUCUCCUCUACUGUAAAGCCUUUUAUGAAGGAUUUGCUGAAAACAUCAUUGAGAGCUGAUGUUUCCAAAACCAUCAAAAACACCUCUCAGAGGAUUUUGGAUGCAUUUGUGGAUUCUGUAUUUCAAUUUGUUGAUCAACCAUUACUCCCAUCUCAGAAAAAUUUUGCACCAGUUGAAGAAAUUGGAGAAGAUGUUGAGGUAAUUUGCAAUGAAGGGAAUGUUCCAGCGGAUUUCCCUGAGGGUAUUUACAUAAGAAAUGGCCCAAAUCCUCUAUUUGGAGGUCUGAAAUCGACUGUUUCGGUUUUCGGAAGAACAAGCCAUAUAUGGAUAGAAGGAGAAGGAAUGCUUCACGCAUUAUACUUUAUGAAGAAUGCUCAUGGAGAUUGGUCCAUCUCCUAUAAAAACAGAUAUGUUGAAUCUGAAACAUUCAAAAUUGAGAAACAAGGAAACAAGCCAGCUUUCGUUCCUACAAUUGAAGGAGAUUCUCCAGCUAUCUUAGCAGCUGCUCUUCUGAACAUGUUGAGAUUUGGCAUGGUCAGUAAGCAAAUCAGCAACACAAGCAUUUUUGAGCAUUCAGGGAAGUUCUAUGCUAGUGCAGAGAACCACCUGCCUCAAGAGAUUGACAUAUUUACUCUGGAGACAUUUGAUAAGGGGGAUGUUAAUGGAGCUUGGGAUCGAGCUUUCACUAGCCAUCCAAAGAAAGAUCCAAGAAAUGGGGAACUAGUAAUAAUGGGGAUAGAUGCAGUAAAGCCCUUUUUUGUUGUUGGAGUUGUCUCUGAGGAUGGAAAGAAACUAUCCCAUAAGGUUGAUCUCAAGUUUGAUAGGGCUACUCUCAUCCAUGAAUUAGGGAUUACAGAGAAGUACACUGUAAUCAUGGAUUUUCCCCUCACCAUAGACAUAAAUAGACUAAUCAAUGGAGGCCCAUUAAUUAAGUAUGACAAGGAAGGCUAUGCGAGGAUUGGUGUGAUGCCCCGCUAUGGCAAUGCAGAUUCAGUCCAGUGGUUUGAGGUAGAAAAGCAUUGCCUAUUCCAUAAUUUCAAUAGCUUUGAGGAUGGUAAUGAGGUUGUAAUAAGGGGAUGUAGAUCUCCUGCAGCCUUCAUACCAGGCCCUGAUAAUGGUCUAAAUAAAUUUGAGUGGUUCUCAAAGGGACUUAAACCUAUAGAGACAUUUAAAGAAAGUUCUACUGGUUCAACACAAGAGGGAUUCCUUUUUGCUCGAGUCUGUGAAUGGAGAUUAAACAUGGAAACUGGAGAGGUGAAGGAGAGAAACCUCACUGGCACUGACUUCCCCAUGGACUUCCCGAUGAUAAAUGAACAUUUCAGAGGUGUUAAACAAAAGUAUGGUUACACCCAAGUUCGCGAUUGCAUGGCAAGCUCUAGUUGUGGGAUGAGUAAAUAUGGAAGUCUAGCAAAACUAUACUUUGAAGAAUCAGACUCCAAGCUAUCUGUGAAAGAGGGAAAGGGUGAGCAUCUAAUAAAGGUCGAGUACAAUAGGUUUGCAGAAAACAACUUCUGCUCUGGAAGUGUCUUUGUGCCUAAAGGUGGAAGUUCAGAAGAAGAUGAUAGUUGGAUUGUCUCUUUUGUUCAUAAUGAAGAUACGGAUGUUUCUCAGGUUCAUAUCAUUGAUGCACAGAAGUUCAGCAGUAAGCCAAUUGCGAAAAUUACACUGCCACAAAGAGUACCGUAUGGUUUUCAUGGAAUUUUCAUAACAAUGCCCCAUCAAGCUUAAAAGUCCUGAGAUUGUGGCAAAAUUUUCUUCUCUUGGCAUGAUGGCCUACGUUUCUGAUCGAACUCUGAUUGUAUGUUUGGCCUGUGAUGGUAGCUGAAUGCUUCCAAUAAAGCUUGAGAUUGUAAUCUGAUUA